AUGCUGCUGCUGAUGCGGAAACUUUUAAAGGUGAAACUUUUGAAGCCUGAGCUGCAAGAAGAGUUUUUAGAGUUUUUAGAGUUUUUAGAGCAGCUGAUGUUGUAUCUGGAAGCGCUGGAGCUGGAGCUUUUGAAGUUGAAACUUUUGAGCCUUUCUUCGCAUCUAAAUCGGCCAACAUCGCCUCCACAAGAAGAAGAAAAAGACGGCAAAGACGAAGAUAAUACUGAAGAGGAAGCUGCGAAAGAAGAAAAUGAAGACGGCGAAGACGAAGAUAAUACUGAAGAGGAAGCUGCGAAAGAAGAAGAUGAAGAUGAGGAAGAUGAAGAGGAGAACAAGGUUUCCGCCAGCUGCUUUCCGCCUUUACUUCCGGUCUGUUGA